AUGUCAAAUUGGCCACAAUCAUCUUCAGAGUUUUCUUCUUUAAAUUCUUCAAUUUCAAGGCCAUAUCGAGAUUAUACUUCAAAUUAUACUACAAAUCUGCAGCAAAAUCAUUACAAUAAUAAUUUGCAUUCAGCUUUUCCUAGCCACAGGGAUUCUUCUUUGUCUUUUAAUUAUGAGGAAAUCAUGGACGUUCUUUUGGUCCUUCUCUUUUGGAGAGGAGAAUUGAAGAUCCAUCUUCGUACUAUGCCAGCCAGCCUAGAUCGAAUGAAAAUUUUGCUUCAGGUUAUUUUUCGGUCAUUUACUACUCCUGGAGUUCCAGCUGCAAUUGAUACAUAUUAUUCAAGAAAUAUAAACUCGAAUCAAAAUGUUCGAACAGAAAGUUAUGAAGAACCAGACCCUAUUGCUUCAUUAUUACAACAAAGACAUCACAAAGUUCAAGGAAUUCCUUCAUUGAAAUCUUUGUUUGUGCCCGAAUCAUCAACGAAUUCAACAAUAAAUAAAAAUUCAAGCUAUUCAUCACGAGAGGGUUUAAAUCUCACUCCACAAAUGCAUUUGAUUAGCACUAGUUCUGAACGAGAUCAGAGAAAGGGUUCCAGACUUAAACGAUUGUUAGGUAUUCCUAUGGCAAAAGAAUUGUGGUUAGAAACUGCAACUGGGCGUUUAUCUUUUGAUGGUGGACAAAUUGUUAAUAGACUUGAAGAAAAUCGUACAUAUUAUUACAAUAUUUCAACUCUUCGUGUUUCAUUUGAAAUGCCAUCUCCAUUAUCUGCUAUCAUUCGACAACAAACUGAAAUUCGCAAAAUGUUAGAUAUGGCGAGUUUUUUUUAUUUUUUAGCAAAUAAAUGUUUUUUUAGACAACUCCUUGUACAAUUAUUGUUACUCGCUGCUAUAAUCAAUUGA